CCCUCCCUCUCUGCACCGCUGGCCCACCUCCGCUUCGUGUCACAGGCAUCAUCACAGCGGCAGACAUUUGGCAAGGCAGGCAGCGGACUGCGGGUGUGUGGCUGGUCUGGCGGCAUCGGGAAAAGAUAGGGCUUUUUUGUGUGAUUACCGCAGUGUUGUUCUUUUUCUCUGCCGUUUCCGGGCUGUAGAGUGGAUAGCAGCUCAAGGCAAAUGUGAUGGUGAUGCUGAGUACGCGUAUCUGAUUUGACUAGAUCGAGGCCAGGGGGAUCUGUAACAGCGUGGCGGUAGGAUAGAGGGAGGGAGAGCGAAAGAAACUGGUCUGUCCGUGACUGUGUCCGUCUGUCGCGCGCUCCGUGGUUGUGAAUGGACUGCUCCUUCUGUGAUUCUCUGCAGUCACUUUGAGCCGUUUUUGGAGGAAGAUGGCGGACAGGGCUGAGAUGUUUUCCCUCUCCACCUUCCACUCCCUCACUCCUCCAGGCUGCAGACCUUCCCAUGACAUUAGUCUCGAGGAGUUUGAUGAUGAGGAUCUGUCUGAAAUCACAGACGACUGUGGAAUAGGACUCAACUAUGACUCUGAUCCCUAUGAAAAGGACUGUCUGAUUCUGGAGAAGAGCGAUAUGCACCACCCUGUCUGCUCCUUCCAGGACGACUUCCAGGAGUUUGAGAUGAUCGAUGACGAGGAUGAGGAAGAGGAAGAUGAAGACGAGGUGGAUCCUGACGCUCCUCCGUCCCCCACCGCUUCCCCUCCUUCUUCCCCCACCCUUGGCACCCUGAAGAGCCGGCCCACCACCCUCAACCUCACCACCACUGUCUCACAGGACUCACUGAACAACAACAGCAGUCUUUCUCCAAAGAAGGGCAGCUGGCAGGACUCUCUACGCAACCCUACCUCACAGGGCCGUCUGUCUCCAAACCACUCUUGUCUGGAGGAUGGGAGUCACGUGAUGGGCCAAUGCCCCUCCCAACCAGCCCCCCAGGCCCCAGGGUCCCAGAGCAAAGGUACUCCCCCCAAACAGGCAGGGGAGGGCGCCUACCCCCAGUCCCCUCGCAGGCCCCUCCUUUGCGACAUGGAAGGCAACAGACGGGAGAGGCCUGAAUACGGCUCCUUCGGUCAACACAAGUCUCACCCGGGCUCUAAUGAGGUCAUUAACUCCUCAGCUGACCCUCUGAUCUUCAGAGUUCCAUCCCUGGAUGACCAAUCCCAAUGCUCUGACACUGAGGUUGACCACGACCUCAACAGCGCUGACCACAACCACAAACUUUCACGGUCCUGCACGUCCACCCAGCGACGUGCCACCGACACCUACACGGUCACCACUGAGUCAGGUCUAGACCCGGAACUGGAGAACGAUCCAGACGGGACCAGCCGAUGCCUGUCCUCCACUGCUCCCAUUGGGGGGAAUGACGGAGCUGACACCCCUCUGUCAGAUGAGGAGCUGGAGAAAGAUUUUGAUGUAGAGUUUAUGUGUAAGGAGACUUAUGACAUGGUGUGUAAGGAGAACCAGAGCUCAGUCUAUGUUGAGUUCCCCUCCAUCGAGCCCUCUGAGCUGGCUUCCUUCUCCAGCUACAUGUCAUCAAGCCGCUCUGAUGUUCUCGACCAAUCCCGAAGCACUAAUCAGAGCCAGCGUCCAGGUGCAGCUAUUGAGGUGGCCAAUGACUCCAACUCUCCAUCCUCAGACCCGGGCAUUGCUGACAUGAACGCCAAGCGGUGCUACACCACCUCAGACCAAGACCAGGACCUGAGCUCUCCCGGGUCAGACUCAGACAUCGAAGGGGAGCUUGAGGCAGCAUUUGCCUGCGGAGGACCCCUGGUCUCCAACAUGAUCUCUUCCAUCUCAGAGACAGAGCUGGACCUGACCAGUGAUGACAGUAGUAGUGGACGCUCCUCCCACCUCACCAACUCCAUCGAGGAGGCCAGUUCACCCACCUCCGACCAGGAACUGGACCCGGACACCGAGUUAGAACAGGACAGUGGAAUUGUGGGAAUGAAGGUAUCACUCCUCCUUGGCCAGCCCGACCCCAUCAAAGAGGACUCACCCUUACCCUCACCUUCACAACUUUUCUCCUCAACCCUGGCCACCCCCUCCCCUGCUGACUCCCUCGUCCUACCUCCAGAGCCCUAUGAUGACGGCCAGGCUCUGAUGGGCCUACAAAGUGUAGAUGAUGAUGAUGAUAAUGACUUGCCCUAUGAGCACCAGGCCGACCCAGAUGAGACCCUGCCCCCAGCCCAGCACUGUGAGGACAGCAUGUCCAGACAGAUGGUCCUCCAGAUAGAACCAGACCACAGCCUGGAGAGCUUCAAACGCUCCUUCUACCUGCCAGUAGGACCAAGACUCAUACCCACCCAUGCUGAUGACUACGAUGGGAACAGUGAGGGAGGGUCUGAGUCGGAGAGCGAGGAUGAGCUGAGCGAGAAUUCAGACUCACCUUGGUUGCUAAGCAACCUGGUGAACAAGAUGAUCUCGGAGGGGUCUUAUCCAAUCAGCUGUCCUGAGGACUGUUUCAAGAGGUCAGUGUCCAUCUCGGACACCAUCUCACCCUCCUCGGACAUCGAGCCAGACGCGUUCACCGAAGCCACGGACGAACAAAUGCAGAAAUCUGGGACGAAGAGAUCGGAGGAGGAGGAUAAAGAAGGGACAGGCCUGAGGAAGGAAGGGAAGGGUAGAGAUAAGAGGGAGAAGAGUGCAGAGCCACCCAAAGGGAAUGCAGGGAAAGCAAACGAAAGAUUCGGCUCCUGUCUGUACAUGAACAAUCCUACAGCUGACACCAUCAGACCGGUGAUCGUGGAGCGCUAUGGCAACAGGAUAUCCACAGACAACAACCACACUCAGGACUCUGAGAAAGACACCAGCCCUAAAUCUGGCAAAAACACCAAGAAGAAGGAUGAGGAAAUGGAUGUUAUUGUGGAGCCUGAUAACGACCUGAUGAUGCUGGAGGGGAGGAAGGAACUGGACUCUCCCAGUCUGAGUGACAGCGUAGCGAGUGACAAGGACGAAGGCCGCGAGAUUGAGGCCAAGCCCACCGGACGCUCUACGGCCUCCCUGGAACGCAUCACCACGGUCAAACACAGCAUGACGCUGGACAUCCCCACUGCCCAGACCAACCGAUGCUUCAGCCUCACCUACUCCACCGACAACGAUGAGGAAGAGGAGGAGGAAGAGGAAGGAGACUGCUCCCCGUUCCUGAGCUGCCUGAGGAAGCAGUCAUCCUAUCGUGGCAGCAAUCAAUAUCUGGACAGCUCCCCGCCUAUCGAUGAGAGCGUCCAGGACCUCCCCCUGUCAAAGCAGGACCCCCCCCUGUGUGUGAGGGACCUCCCCCUGCAGGCCCUGCGGUCCAGGCCAGAUGAUGACGGUCUGGCGUACGACUCCAUGAAGUACACUCUGGUGGUGGAUGAGAACACUACACUGGAGCUGGUCAGCCUCAGGCGAUGUACCUCAGUGCUGAGUGACGACAGUGAGCUGUCUACACUGUGUGAUGAUGACCCUCUUGGGACGGGGGAGGUGGGAAACGGACAGGGGAAUGGAGGGGUGCGGCCAGAACUCCUCAGCUCGUCAGAAGACUCCUCCCCUGAGGCUGACAUGCACUUCUCCAAGAAGUUCCUCAAUGUGUUUGUCAACAGCACCUCUCGAUCCUCCAGCACAGAGUCGUUUGGGCUGUUCUCCUGUACCAUCAAUGGAGAAGAGCGGGACCAGACACACAGGGCUGUCUACAGGUUUAUCCCCAGACAUGUGGAUGAGUUGGAGCUGGAUGUGGACGACCCUCUAUAUGUCGAGGAAGAGGAGGAUGACUACUGGUACAGAGGCUACAACAUGCGGACGGGAGAGAGGGGGAUAUUCCCAGCCUUCUACGCCCAUGAGGUCAUAGGGCAGUCCAAGGAGAUAAUGGGAAUGAAGAGGAACCCAGCCUGGAUGGACAGUUUCAGUGUUCAGUUCCUGGGUUCUGUGGAGGUGCCCUAUCACCAAGGCAAUGGCAUCCUCUGUGCUGCCAUGCAAAAGAUUGCGAUAGCGAGGAAGCGGACGGUCCAUUUGCGGCCCCCCUCUCUGUGUGAGCUGGAGAUCAGUCUACAAGGGGUUAAACUGGUGAUGAGCCUGGAGGAUGAAUACGACACUAUGGAUGAGUUUGACAGAUGUAGUCACUUCUUCCAGAUGAAGAACAUCUCUUUCUGUGGAUGCCAUCCAAAAAACAAUUGCUACUUUGGCUUCAUCACUAAGCACCCCAUGCUGAACAGGUUUGCCUGCCAUGUCUUCGUCUCCCAGGAGUCAAUGCGGCGUGUGGCCGAGAGUGUUGGACGGGCUUUCCAGGAGUAUUACCAGGAGCACCUGGAGUAUGCCUGCCCCACCGAAGACAUCUACCUGGAGUAGAGCAGGCAGGAAGCAGGAAAUGUUGCCAUGACAACAGUCUUCUCUUCUUCUUCCUGCUGCUGCUUGUAUGUUUAUCAAUUUCAAUCACCAGAGGACGCUGGUGGGUCUUCUCUCCAUUGCAAAAAAUACCCCUAUAUCUCUCUCUGAAACGGAAAUGCUCAUUUCAGUUCUACAGUAUGCUAUGUGUUUUAUUUAUUGAUUCAUUUGUUUGUUUAUUUUCCCUCUUCUAGAUGGAUUGCCUGUUUUUUACCUUUUGUUUUCUAUGAUACAGUUGUAGGAAUAAGGGUCUUGGCACCUGUUAUUUUAGAUAUGACGUAUUAUAUUCCUACUACUGCUAUUUCACAUGUUUGAAUGCAUGGUUAGGAGGGUAAUGCACACACAGAGCUAUUAGGACACAAAACCAGCUCAACAUUGAAUAGGACCUGGAUCAUAUUAUUUGGUCAGAUAUGGUUUGGUGUAAAUAUACACUACCGUUCAAAAGCUCGGGGUCACUUGUUUUUGAAAGAAAAGCACAUUUUUGUCCAUUAAAAUAAUACCAAAUUGAUCAGAAAUACAGU